AUGGCCUCACCAAGGGUAUCUGCCGAACCUACCCUGACCGAAAAACCUCGUCGAUCAUUCUUUGGCGGUAAUCGCAAUGCUGUCAAACAGCCCAAUGCAUCAGCUCCAGGUCCAGGUGUGGUGGGUCAAACGGAAACCGGUGCUGGGUAUCCUUCCCAUACGGGAGGAAGAAGACAAGGUGGAUUCACUCAUGAUUUCAAGUUCGGUACUUGGAUCAGAUUACAUGCCGUCGAUCUAAUCACAAUGGCAGCGAUGGGUGCGAUUGGUUUGGGUGUUUAUGAAGCUGAUCCAGCACCCACAAGGAGUUUUCCAGUAUUCAACAUAGACGGUUCAAUUGCCUAUCCAGAAUUCGCUUACCCCCUUCGUAAGAACAUUAUACCCAUCUACGCCGCAGCUCUCAUAGCGUUCUUCGUACCCUUCGUUUUCUUCGCCUUGUUCCAAAUUAGAAUCCGAAGUCUGAAUGCGUUUUUGGGUACGACGAUGGGUUUGUUGGAGAGUUUGAUUACCGCGGCGGUGUUUCAGGUAUUUCACAAAUGGUUGAUUGGUGGAUUGAGACCUCAUUUCCUCGACGUCUGUAAACCUGAUGUUUCUCAACUUGUUCAAUCGGGCGAUGGGUUCAGACAAAUCAUGUAUACCAGGUCGAUCUGUACAGGUGAUCAAGAUGAAAUCAACGAUUCGCUCGAAAGUUGGAUGUCCGGUCACUCUACUGCUGCUUUUGCCGGCUUCGUCUACCUCUUCUUCUACUUCAAUGCUCAACUCAAAGUCAUGUCCGAUCAUCGACCGGCCUACUGGAAGAUGAUCCUCACUAUCGCUCCUCUUCUCGGUGCAAGUUUGAUAGCUGCUUCUUUGACUAUUGACGAGUUUCACAAUUGGUGGGACUGUGUCGGUGGGGCGAUCACAGGAAGCAUAUGUGCAAUCAUUGCAUACCGAAAGACCUUCGCCGCAUUGUGGGAUUUCCGAUUCAACCAUAUCAUCUUACCCCGAUCGACCUCUUUAUUCCACCGCAGAGCCGUUGAUGGCGAAGUCAGCACUUCGAGAUUCUCCUAUACCCCUCAGGAGAGUAUGGUGCAGAGACCUACGGCUGGUGAGGGUGGCUGGAGGAGGGAUUGGGGUAGUGCCGGUGCACCGUCGGAUGCUAGUGCUUUGAUGGUUUGA